AUGGAGAGGAAACUCGCAAAGGCCGCGGAUAUCGGGGCAGUUGUAGCGGCAUAUAGUCCACUCGGUCAAGGAGCGUUGACCGGAAAGCUAAACCUGGCCGAUCUAGGCAAGGAUGACCACCGCAGUCAUUACCCCAAGUUCCAAGAGGAGAGCUUCAAGAAAAACGUAAAACUGGUGGACGCACUGAAGGCCCUUGCCGAAAAGAAAGGGGUUACGACUGCUCAGCUCAGCCUUGCCUGGGUUUCCUCGCUUGGGCAUCAUGUAGUCCCGAUUCCAGGCUCCACGCGCGCAGCUCGGACAGUAGAAAAUGCAUCUGCAGCUUCAAUCGAACUAAGCAAAGAAGAGCUAGAAGAAAUCGCGGAUAUCAUUGGAGCCAACCCUGUGUCCGGGGACCGGUAUCCUGAACGAUUGAUGCAAACCGUCUGGCGAUAG